GUGAGGAAGGAGGCGUUUGGACGCGGGCCGUGUGAUGAGGAUGAUGCAGCAGAGUUAGCUCCGGUUUUAAUCGCCAGCACUGAGCCACACAUCCUCCGGUGACGGACUGAGCUGUAAGUGUGUGUGUGUGUCUCCGCAGGACUGAGCUGUAAGUGUGUGUGUGUGUGUGUGUGUCUCCGCAGGACUGAGCUGUAAGUGUGUGUGUGUGUGUGUAUGUGUGUGUGUUCAUCAUGAGCUCGUACUUUGAUGAACAUGACUGUGAGCCCACAGACCCAGAGGAGCAGUACAGACAGAACGCCAUGCUGGAGCUGGCCAGGUCUCUGAUGCAGGGUUUGGACGUGGACUUUGGAUCUCUGGAUGUUUCCGAGUGGGAUCAGCGUCUUCCUCCUCCUGCAGCCAAACGCGUAGUGCAGAGUCUUCCUCAGCUCGUCAUAUCCCCACAGCAAGCAGAUAAAGGCCUGAAGUGUCCUGUGUGUCUACUGGAGUUCGAGGAGCAGGAGACGGUGCGGGAGAUGCCCUGCAAACAUCUGUUCCACUCCAGCUGCAUCCUGCCCUGGCUGGGAAAGACCAACUCGUGUCCUCUGUGUCGACUCGAGCUGCCCACAGACAACCCCGACUACGAGCAGUUUAAAAAGGACAAGGACCGGAGAAGACAAAGAGACCACCGUCUGGAGGAUCUUCAUGGAGCCAUGUACACAUGACACGCACACACACACACACUCUCUUUAUAUGCAGGGCUUAAAUCAUGACGUGCGGCUUUGACAUGCUGCUGUCUCUCUGAUGCAAGUAAGUUUGGACCAGGUUUAUAUAUAUAUAUUAUAUAUUAUAUGAAAUAUAAAUUAUGUUACAGUAGGAUUUGUUUAAGUGUGUACAUCUACAGAGUGCAUCUGAUUGUCUUACUGUCCUGUAUGAUUUUAGCGUAAAUUUACUGAAAGCUUCUUUUUAAAAUACAGAAAACUGUGCUUUGUGAAAUGUCGGCACGGUUACAUCACGAUCCUGUUUAUUUUUGUGGUUUAAUAGCAAAGAUUUAGAGUAAAAAAAAAAAUAAAAUUUGAGAUUGUUAUAUUGUACUGGAAUUACUGGGGGAAAAUAUGACGAGUGUGUAAAUAAUUCAGCCCUUGGCUGUUGAAGAAUGAACGAGUGAUUUUGGGAAAACAGAAUUCUAUAAAUGUUGCAUAUCAUUUAUUUAAAGAAAAAAAAAAUUUACACCCCCCUCCCCAAAAUUAUAUAAAAAAAAUCAGCAAUUAGUUUAUGAUUUAUAUCAAUCACUAUAAAAUAAUGAUAAGUUACAGUGUAUAAAAUUAAUUCCAAUGAAAUAUUUGCAAUAAUUUAUAUUAACUAUUAGGCAAUUCAUAUAAAAUAUUCAAAAAUAAAACUAUAUACUAAGGAUGGAAAUUAUACACUAAAAAUGUAAUUUUUUUACAGAUCAGUGUGUGCAUCGUUCUUGCUGAGUCUGCAAUAAAUACUAAUAAUAAAAUAAUAACUAAUAAAAAUAACUUUUAUACAAAAGAUCUAAAGAUCAGGAUUUCCCAUAAACUGCAGAAAAAAAGGACACGUGUACAUAUUAUUAUUAUUUAUUCAUCAUUCAGAUUGUAAUCCAAUAGAAAUAUCUGAACAGAGAGAAAUCAUCAAAACGAUACAGAAAUCGUUUUUUUUUUAUACACAAAGUGAUUUAUAAAAUAAAAAAUACUCUCUGCACCGGUUUAUAUUUCAGAUUUGGAAUUUGAUCCUUUUAUCCUAUACUUUUUUUUUUUUUUUUUCUGAAGAGAUUGUGCUGAUAAAAAAAUACACAUUUAAAGACAUCAGAAAAAGUGUAACAGGCUGGAAAAAAAAAGAAAGAAACAUAAUAAAAGACAAAUAAUAAAAGUGACUUCAGUUUUACCCAUGAUGACUGUCUGGGCCUUUUCUUUAAAAAAAAAAAGAAAAGAAAAGAAAAGUUGGCAGGCUCUCAGCUGUGAAGAACUCCCGAUUGUCAGACGUAUGGCAGGAUGUAUGAACACAAACGGCAGGUUGUUUUGUUAAAAAAAGAAAGAAAGAAAAAAAGAAAAAAAAAAACAUUAAAAAAAGCGUCAGACU